AUGGGCUGGGUCCACCAUGCCGCUCCAGAGGUCGAAGCCCAGUCCCAGUAUCGCGAGAUUCUGGGUGUCUGUCUCAGCUUGACUGUUCUGAUGGUCAUUACCGUCAGUCUGCGGCUGGGUCUCCGGGCGCACGCUCGUCGACUGAGCACUGCGGACUAUGUGAUGGUGGUGACUGUUCAGCGUCAUCUAUUCCUCUCUAUGUAUCUCUCAAAGCAGAUACGGCUGGGACUCCCACUUCACCUGCGCCCGAAAGAAAACCUCCCAAUCUAUAAAAAGCUUAAUUAUGCCGGCCGACCCUUCUACCAGAUCGGCAUCGCCGGCUUCAAAGCCUCGCUCUGCCUCAGCUAUCUACGCCUUCUCACUAAAACAUCACUAUCCAUCUACCGGAUCCUCAUCUGGGCGGUGCUCAGUAUUUCGACAGCGGGCCACAUUGCUGGCGCAUUGGCCCUACUCUUCAACUGUCAUCCAGUCCAACUAGCCUGGCGAACAGACAUAACAGGCACCUGCCUCCCAGUCGGAGGCACAUUCUACGGGCUAGCCAUCUUCACCAUCAUCUGCGACCUCAUGAUCAUCUUCCUACCGAUCCCUCUCCUGCUCCGCCUGAAGAUCAAGCCCGCCCAGAAAGCCGGCGUCGUGUGUCUGUUCCUCCUCGGACUAUUCACGACCAUCUGCUCCAUCAUGCGACUAACCCAGAUCCACCGCGUGGCCUACGGGGACGGAAACUCCACUGCGCUGGUGCUUUGGGGGACGAUCGAGUUUAACGUGGGUAACAUCAUUACCUGCAUUCCCUACUUAGCACCGUUGUUAAAGGGGCUGGUGCGCGAUUUCCGAUCGAAUAGCAAAGCGUACGAGAGUCAGGGCCAUUAUGUUUUGGAAUCGUGGAAGGAUCCGCGAUCGCAGUUACGAUCGACUGCGUCCGCGCCGAGGCGAACGCCCAGCGAGGAGCUAAUCAUGGAUAGCGUGGCGCCUGGCCAUGGGGGGAUCGAGAUGACGGUGGAGGUGCGGGUGUCGCUGGAGCGCAAGUUAUCGAGGGGAGUUUAA